AUGACAACUCGAUCCCAAUCAACAUCUUCAACUUCUUCAUCGAGGCGUCAUUCUACACGAUUUCUUAAUCAUUGUCGUCUUUCACAUAAAAUUGAAUUUCCCAAUCACGAAGAAGCACUUCUUAAUUGUGGUACUCCAGUGGAUGAAAGUGUGAUUCCACCAGAACAUCCCGCCAGAUCACGAGCCAUUACCAGACCUCCAUCACUUCGAUCAAUAUUAGGACAAUCAAAUUUUAAAGACAAACGAACAACGUAUUCACAUAAUAUACCAUCAGCUUGUACAAGUGUAUUUGAUCCAAUAGGUGAUGGAUCCAGAUUUUAUGUUAAACGACGGAUAGUGGUGGGUAAUGUGUCAAAAUGGAUUGCUCCAGAAAAGAGGGAUCCCAAAUUACAAAAGUAUACACAUAAAUGGAUGGUUUAUGUUACCGGACCACCACAUGAUCUUGAUAUCACUUCAUUCAUUCAAAGAGUUCGAUACUUUUUACAUCCAAGUUAUCGACCUCUGGAUAUUGUGGAUGUGACGGAAUCCCCUUUUCAAUUGAUUCGAUACGGUUGGGGGGAAUUCCCUAUUAAAAUACAAUUGAAUUUCGUGGAUAAGAAAAAUAAACCGGUUUAUGUUAUUCAUGAACUUAAGCUUGAUGAUACUCAUAGUGGAAAACAAAUAUUAGGUAAAGAACGUGCAUUUGAUAUAGAAUUAGAUAGAAAUACACAAUUCAUAUUUCCAGAAAAUGGAAAUAAUCAAUCGCGGCGUAUUACCAAAAAUAAUUCUAUACCUGAUGUUGUUGUUGCUACUGCUUCUAAAGAUCAAGUGGAAGGAGGAGGUGGAGUAGAAGAUCAAGUUGAAGUAAUAGAAAUAAAUGAAGAUCAAGUUCAAGAAGAAGAAGAAGGAUUUGAACCAAAAGAAAAAGAUAGAUUUGAAUCAACCGAAUUAAAAUUAUUAGAACCAUUAUUAAAUGAAGCGGUUCAAAAUUAUCCAUUAAUUAUUUCUAUAUCGGAUCAAUCAUCUCGAACAUCAACUUUACCUUAUACCACUUCCACAUCAAUAAAAAUGUUUUUAAAUUGGGAUCGAGAAUUUCGAAAAAAAGUGGAAUGGCAAAGAGCCAGAUUAAUAAGAUUAUUUGUUCAAUCAAUCUCCAGAACUUUAUUAGAUUCUAAAGUUAAAGAAGUUGCGGCUUUAAUGACCACCAAACAAGUCAUAUUUUGGUGUAGAGAUAAUCGACAUACACCUUUAGAUGAAACCAAAAAGACAAAAUUAUCUAGUUUGACUUUAGCACAAGAUUUCUUGGAUGAAUUUAAAGGGGAUAAUGAUGUAAAUAUGAUUGAUGAACAAAGAUGCCCAUAUGAAGAAUCCAGUAAAAACAGUAGUUCCCAAAGUUAUAAUAGUAGUCAAGAGGGAAAAGGAUAUAAAAGAUAG